AAAAAGGAUAUCACGUGACGCACCAGCCCUUCAAGAUGGUGGUCAUUGUGUUGUUAUCUGUCUGCUUGACCACUUAAUAACGAAACUAGUAAACUAUUUCAUAUUUAAGCGGUAACAUAUGUUGAUUUAUUUUUAGUUUAGUUAAUAAAACGUUUUGGCUACCAGGGCAUUUCUCUAUACCAGUUAUAUAUUGUUAUGUUUGUUAGAUACGAGUCGCAUUUUAAAUAUGUCGGUAGUCUGCUGGACAGAUGUCUAUACGUCAAAACAGAGUACUAGUUGUUGACGACUUUUAUGAAACAGUCUGGGAUGUUUAAGAACGUUUUCUUCUUUGAGGGAUCGAAAUGUCACUCAGAGAGUUGAAAGUGUGCUUGCUUGGGGAAACUGGAGUUGGAAAGUCAAGUAUUGUGUGCAGAUUUGUGGAGGACAGCUUUGAUCCCAACAUUAUACCUACAAUUGGUGCAUCAUUUAUGACGAAGACAGUGCAGUACCAAAAUGAGCUUCAUAAGUUUCUUAUUUGGGACACCGCAGGACAAGAAAGGUUUCGUGCCCUUGCCCCUAUGUACUACAGAGGUUCAGCUGCAGCUAUCAUUGUUUAUGACAUUACAAAGGAGGAGUCCUUUCUAACUUUGAAGAACUGGGUAAAGGAGCUUCGUCAGCAUGGACCACCCAACAUAGUGGUAGCCAUUGCUGGCAACAAAUGUGAUCUCUCCGAUGCCAGAGAGGUACAAGAGAAGGAUGCCAAGGACUAUGCUGACUCUAUCCAUGCUAUUUUUGUUGAAACUAGUGCCAAAAAUGCUAUUAACAUCAAUGAAAUCUUCACUGAGAUAAGUCAGAAGAUUCCACAUAUAAACACAAGUGACUCAGGUGUGAGGGGCUUGAAACUGCGACGUGAACAAUCAGACUUAACCAGGGAACGCACUUGCUGUUAAUGCACAAUUAUGCUAAAAUAAUUUUUACCUUCUUUCACGUCUUCAUUAUUAAGAAACAAAAUGGACAGAAACAGAAAAUUCAUUCUAUUGCUGUCCAGGUUCACAGAAACUGCAACACUUUUGACUCUCUGUCCAUGGCUAAUUAAAGUAGAGUUGACUUCGUUGUACUAGCUCUGGUCUCUCAGACCUUAAGUCAAUUCCUACUUUGUGUAUUUUUUGUAAAUCUCAAAACAUUUAAAAGGAAAAAGAAAAUGCACUGGUUUGUUCCUGUUGAGAAAUCAAAAUGUUGAGAAAUCAAAAGGUUUUCUGUUCCAACAAAACUUAUAAACCAUUAUGCGCAGA